GUUGCACGAGUAUUUAUGUGAUAAACAAGUCAAGAUGCAUCCGUCACGGCUAUCUUAUAUAUGUGUCAAUUUUGCCAUACACUAAGGCAUUACCAAAAUAUUUGACGAUCGUUGCAUACACAAGGUACAACCCGGCAAUACAUGUUAUGAUCGGAAUCAAAAAGUAUUACGACACAAACCAAUAAGUAUGAUACCAAAAGAUGUAGAUGAGCACGAUUUGUCUGAAAAAAUCGAAAAUGAUAAAGAGAAUUCAGAGAAAGUUCCAACAUUCUUCUCCCAAAGAUGGAUUUUGGCAUAUUUAUUCUUUACUGGAUUAUUCAAUGUUUACGCUGUCAGAGUGAACAUUAGUGUAGCAUUAGUGUGCAUGGUGAAGACGCCAAUAGAUAAUACGACGCUGACGAUUUCACCAGUAAACAAUAUUUCAAAAAACGAUACCGGUGGUGGGCUGUAUGUAGGAAAGCAAACAUACCAACAGAGAGGAGAAUUUGACUGGGAUAAAAGCACCAGAUCUGCAAUACUAUCAUCAUUCUUUUACGGAUAUAUGGUCACGCAAAUUCCUGGUGGAUGGCUGGCUGAUAGAUUUGGAGGCAGGCGUGUAUUUGGUCUUAGUAUGGCAAUUGCGUCGGUAUUAACCCUUUUAACGCCAACCUGUGCCAGAAUUUCUGUCAAACUUGUUUACCUGCUUCGUGUAAUAUUGGGAUUAACUACGGGCGUUGUUUUCCCUGCUAUUUCGUCGAUGUUAGGACGAUGGGCUCCGCGACUUGAACGAAGUAAACUUGUAGCAACGGCUUAUGUAGGAGUAAAUGCCGGAAUAAUAGGAACAUUUGCGACUUCAGGACUUCUUUGUGAAUAUGGUUUUGAUAAUGGGUGGGGUUCAGUAUUCUAUAUAACUGGUGGACUGUGUUGUAUUUGGACUGUUGUUUGGUUUUACCAAGCUAGAGAUAACCCUUCAGAACAUCCAAGGAUAACAAAAGCGGAAUUAAUUUACAUAACGAAUAAUAUCGAGUUUGAUACAUCCAAAAAGGCUUCAAACGUACCAUGGAAAGCGAUGGGAACAUCUGUUGUAUUAUGGGUAGGAAUCUGUUGUCAUAUGUGUCUCGCUUAUGGAUGGUAUACAUUGAUCACAAAUCUUCCAGCUUUCAUGGAGUCCGUCCUAAAGUUUGAUAUAAAAAGCAAUGGAGCCCUGUCGUCGUUACCAUACAUUUGUCAGUCUGUUAUGGCUAUAGUCGCUGGAAAUUUUGCGGAUUAUCUGAGAAAGCAGCGUAUAUUGACAACAGGACAAACCAGAAAAUUAUUUCAAAGCAUAGCUUUCAUAGGCGCAGGGGCAUUUCUAGUUGUCACCGGAUUCGUUCCUAUUGAGAUGAAUUAUCUUGCAGUUUUGUUUCUAUGUUUAGCUGUAACAUCUUUAGGGUUUGGCAGAGGAGGGUUUUCUGUUAAUCACAUCGAUGUAGCUCCAAAAUUCGGAGGAAUUAUGUUAGGUAUCACUAAUACUAUGGCAACAAUUCAAGGCAUAGUUGCACCGCAAAUUGCAGGGGCUUUGACUCCAAAUGACACUCAACAAGAAUGGAGGAAUGUAUUUUACGUCUGUGCAGGAUUUUGUCUGUUUGGGACAAUUAUAUAUGGAUCUUUUGCAAGAGGAGAAGUCCAAACAUGGGCAAAAGACACGACAGACGACGAGUCGAGAAAAUAUCAUUUAACGGCACCUUGACGUAUGAUAGAAACAAAUAAAAUUUUCUCCAGAAAUAA